AUGAAUUUUAUUAAGGGUAUAUUCAAUAAAGUAGUAGGAACAUAAUAACCAUUAGUUGAAUAAGAGAUAUUUGAUUUUGUAAUCUUAGGAACACUCUUUAAAGAGGAUGAAGCUAAGUACACAAAAUUAUCAUCUAAUACAGAAUUUGUAUUUGACAAAUUAUCAAAUGAUGAAUUCGAUCAUAUUCUUAUUGUUCGAUUACAAAGAGCCUCUAAACCAUAUAAUAAUGCUAUUAGUUCAAAAGAAGGAGACUAUUAUUUUAAUAUUUCAUUUUUUAAAUCAAUUUGCCAUUCAUCAUUAAGUGAUCAAGUAGAGGAGUUCAGUUUAGAUUUAGUAGAUAUAUAAGGUAUUAAAUGGAAUAUAAGGAUGCAUUUUUUAAAGAAUACAAAGUCAGACAAUUUAAAAAUUUAAAAUUUUAAAUUGUUUUUAAGCAAAUUAAUAUGGAUUUAGAAGAACAAAAAGGCACUUCCAAAAAAUUCGGCUGAAUUGAAUGAUGUGAUUCCUGCAAAAUAAUCUUCUAAGUUAGAGAUGCAUAAUCUAGUCUAAUAGAAACAGAUGAAGAAAACAUUGAAGAAAGUUGAUAGAUCAAUUUUAUCAUAACCAACAACAAGAACUAGAUAGGAGAAGGAAAGUAUAGGAGAUGUUAUCAAUUAUUUUUUACAACAAGACAUUGAUUCUAUUAAGUAAAUAUAUACUGGAAAGUUGUAUGUCCUUUAUCCUGAAUUAGCAGAAAUUAGACUCAUUAAUCCAUUAGUGGUUAUGGCAUUAAAUAUUAUAUCUAAAACAGAAUGCAGAAUGGAAUUAUACAAUCAAGAUAGACAAUUAUUAUUAAUUUAAUCAUUAAAAGACUUCAUUAGUUUUGAAGUAGAUAAAGAUGAGAAUUAUUUAAGUUGGGUUUAUUUUGAUGGAUACAAUUCAAUUGUAAUAUAUUUCAAAUUCGAUGUUUUGGAUGGAGCAACAUCUAUGGCCUUCAUUUUAUAGAGAUCAAGAAUAAAUAUGAAAUAAAAAAAGAAUUUAUAAUUAGAUACCUCAUGUAGUUCUAUCUCUACAGCAACUACAAUUAAUAUAAAUGAGACAUAAGUUUAAUAAAUUUAAUAAAAAAAAUAGAAAAAAUACUUAUAUAAAGAUAAUUUAAAUACAAUAAAGGAGGGUUUGAAGAUAACAAAAACGAAAAAAAUCAUUCAUAGUGAAAAUGAUAAUUUAAUAAUUUUAGAAGAUAAAACUAUUUCAUUUAUAAAGAAUAAUAAACACAUUUAGAUUAAUUAAUAAAUUAAAUUUGAUAAAUCAUGUCUAGGACAUAACUCCUAGAAAUUAAUCCUUUAUUAAUAGUUUUCAUAAGAAUUGCAACUUAUAAAUUUAGGAACUGAAACUCAGGAAAUUGUUAAGUUAAACUUUUAGAUUGUUGAUGCUUGUUCUUAUGAAAAAUAAUUCAUUUUGUUAAGUAACUCUUAAGUUUAUGUUCUAAAUGAAGAUAAAACUAUUUAAAAAAUUAAUUCAAUUGAUUAAAAUUUGAAGGAUAACUAUGCAAUUGUAAGAAGUUCAAUAAAUGGGUCUAUUGUUAUUGGCUCUUAAUAAGGUUUUGUAUUUGUCUUUGAUAAUAUAAAAACUAUGAAAUAAGUCAAUACUUUUGAAGGCUUGGGGGAUCCCAUUUCAGACAUUCUUUUAAGUGCAGAUGAGAGAUUUAUUAUUAUUAACAAUUCUCAGUAUAUUUAAUUUUAAUAAGUAAUAACAAAUCUCCAGAAUGGCUAUUAAUAACGUCUAGAAUUAAAACCAUUUCCAAUAAGAGUUUAAUUAAAUCCAGAGGAUUUGAUUUUGAUGGGAAUAUUUGAUUAUCCUAAUUUCUAGCAUGUGAGAAUAGAUAACAAUAAUAAAGUUAUUGCAGCCUAAAUUGAAAAUUUACAAGUAAUUUGGAAUAUUGAAUAAAUCAUUAAUUAGUCACAUAAUUCAUAUCAAAUUUUCAUUCUCCCUGAAGAAACAUUUGAUUAAUAAUUUAGAGAUGAAGAUUUACUAAUUCUUUCAGAAUCAAAUAUAUAUGUCAGAGAAUGUGAUUGA